AUGGCUCAUGCAUGUUCAAAAACAUUUUUAUCCUUGCUUAACAGUCUGUUAAUCAUAUUUGGUAUUGCCUUGAUGGUAUUGAGUUUUUAUGUAUAUAAUAAAUAUCAUUCAAUUCAACUGAUAAUAGGUGUUAUUAUCCUUGCUUUUUUUGUUAUAUUUAUUGGUCUCUUGGGAUUAAUUGGUUCAGUUAAACGAUCAAAAUGUGCUCUAUCUAUUUAUAUAAUUCUUGUUGGUUUUAUUACAAUCAUACUUCUUACAAUACUUAUUCUAUUUUGUAUAAAACAACAGUGGUUAAUUAAUAAUGUCAUUAAUAAUUAUGAACAGUUUAUAUCAAAUCCAAAAUUACUCGAAGAUGAAAAGAAUAUUAAAGUAGCACGUGACUUUUUAGUUAAAUUAGAAUGUUGUGGUUUUAAAGAAACAAAUGAGCCAAAAGAAAUCUUUAAUGAAAUCGAAUUUUGUAAUGAUAUGAGUCAAUCAAAACCAUUAUGUGAUGAAAAAAUGAAAGAUAAUCUACACCAAAAUCUAGUUGCUAUUAUUACUAUCCAUGCCAUUUUGACAGGCCUAGGUGCUUUAGCUUGUAUAAUGGCUAUACAUUUGACAUGUGCUACCAACAAUAAGACACGACAUACUACUUUUCAAAGUCGAUAUCGCUAG